AUGACCGGCGCCCAAGAUGUUGCGAGAGCAAGUGUACUACAAGGCCAAAUCGUGGAGUUGCUAAAAUCCGGAGGCUUUCAAACGCACAAGUGGAAUUCGAAUCUUGCGGAAAUUCUAGUUCGGAUACCUAAGGGCAAAGGCGAGAUCGUUGCAAUCGACAACAAGGACACAGUCAAGACUCUCGGUCUAGAGUGGAAUCCAAGCGAAGAUAGAUUCCAGUUUGCAGUACGCGAAUUCAAUGCGGUGACUACUAAGCGCCGGCUUCCCGACGAAUUGCUUAACAGAUGGAGGCAUUUUAGAGACGAACUAGUGGCUCUGGGAAUGCAGCGAAUCCUACGAUGCGUCGUUACCUGUGAUAAUGGUCGGCGCUUGACUCUGCAUGGAUUUUGCGAUGCAUCCGAACGCGCCUAUGGCGCUUGUGUAUAUGUGCAAGCUGAAAACGCCCAAGGAGAAAUCAGUUCGCGACUGCUUUGCUCAAAGUCAUGCAUAGCCCCGAUGAAGACGAUAUCCUUGCCUCGCUUGGAAUUGUGCGGCGCCGUCCUGUUGGCACGAUUACUUGUCACCACUCGGUCGGCCAUUCGAGUGCCGAUUGAAGAUGUACGAGCAUGGUCCGACUCGGAAAUCGUUUUAUAUUGGAUCAAGGGCAACUCAUCGCGUUGGAAACCGUUUGUGUGUAACAGGGUGACUGAAAUUACCGAGAACCUGCCAGCAAGAUAUUGGAGUCACGUGAGCGGCAAGGAGAAUCCGACUGAUGUGAUAUCACGCGUCACCAGCCCGAGUCAACUCGAAAACUUAAGGUUAUGGUGGGCGGGACCACCAUGGCUGUUCACAGGAGAGAUUACCUUUGACGGCGAUCGCGAAACAGAUCCUUCGAUGGAGAAUCAUGAAGUAAUUGUGACAGAAAGACGCAAGAAAACCCGAACAUGUCAGGUUAUUGUUCAAGGACAGCCGUGUAUUCAAAUGCAACUAGAAAAUAUCUGUUCUUUAACCAAAAUCGAGCGCGUACUGCAAGAUUUGUGUCAAACGCAAGAAGAAAGGCCUCCGAACGGACAUCCAAGCACUUCCAUGACUCAAUUUCUGAACAUAGGGCCAUCGAACAAGCUUGCAUCGUUGGCUCCCUUUCUUGACGAAUACGAUUUGCUUCGAGUGGGCGGUCGUCUGCAGCGCACCAAUUGGAACUUUGAGCGGAAACAUCCAAUUCUACUGCCGUCGGAUGAUCGAUUCACCAAGCUCUUGUUCGAGAGAGAGCACGUGCGAUUACUUCACGCAAACCAACAGUCGCUGUUGAACACCAUUAGAGAACGUUACUGGCCACUCAAGGCGAAAUCUUUGGCCCGCUUAGUGUGUCGAAACUGCGUGCGUUGCUUUCGAGUCGAACCAAGGACAUCAACGCAACUCAUGGGCGAGCUGCUCAGCAGCCGAGUACAACCAAGUCACUGUUUCCGCAUCACCGGAGUGGAUUUCGCCAGACCGAUCAUCACGUUGGUGAACAAGAGGCGUGACUGA